ACACAAUUUUUAAUUAGGAACAAAUCGCUUGUAGUGUAGGUGUUUAUUUAAAAGAUAUAUUGAUUGAUUCUGUAACCCAAUCAAGACAAUAACCGGCGAUUCUUUGAUAGAUAUAAAAAAAAUUUUAAUUUAGGAGUGUUGCAGUUACGAAAAUUGAGACUUCAGGAUCAGGGAGCAUGAGUAAAUGCUGUGGAAUUAGUUUAUUCGUCUUAUCAUUGGCCAUUGGAGUACAGUCUUCAAAUUUACAAUGUUACGAAACAGAAUUUCCAGAAGGGUUCUUAUUCAGCGCAUCAUCAUCUGCUUAUCAGAUAGAAGGUGCUUGGAACAAAGAUGGUCGAACUGACAGCAUUUGGGAUGAUUUAGUACACCAACGUCCCUACCUCGUCAGAGACAACGCGACCGGAGACAUUGCUGAUAAUUCUUAUUACGUUUAUAAAAGGGAUAUAGAAAUUUUGAGAGAGCUAGGACUACAAGUAUACAGGUUCUCUAUAUCAUGGAAUAGAAUUUUACCUACUGGUUUCCCCAACAAAAUUAAUUAUGAAGGUGUUGCAUAUUACGAUAAUUUAAUUAACGAAUUAUUGAAAUACAACAUUAUCCCGGUAGUUACCAUUUACCACUUUGAUUUGCCUCAAAGCCUCCAGGAAUUGGGUGGCUGGGUUAAUCCUUAUGUCGUUGAUUGGUUGGGAGACUACGCAAGGGUUGUUUUCAAUUUAUUCGGUGAUAGAGUUAAAUUUUGGAUAACAGUGAAUGAACCACAGCAGAUUUGUUACUAUGGCUAUGGUGAUGUAAUGAAUGCACCAGCAUUAAAUUAUAAAGGAAUUGCUGAAUACUAUUGUGCGAAAAAUGUACUAUUAGCACAUGCAAGGGCAUACCACAUUUACGACGAAGAGUUUCGAGAAUUUCAGCAAGGCAUUAUAUUUAUAGCUAUAAGUGCUGAAUGGUACGAACCUGCUUCGUCGGACAAGAAUGAUAUUUUGGCCGCUUACGACUCGAACAUGUUUACAUAUGGACAAUACGCUCAUCCAAUUUUCUCUGAGACUGGUGAUUUUCCCCAAAAGAUGAAGGAUCGCAUUGCAGAAAGAAGUGUCAUGCAAGGUUUCGUUAGGUCCCGACUACCACAGCUUUCGGAACAGGAAAUUGAUUAUAUACGUGGCAGUUCUGACGUGUUCGGUUUAAAUCACUAUUCUACUUUCUAUGCAAGCAGAAAUCAAUCUGCUUACACAAAUUAUGAAUCCCCAUCAUUUUUUGACGAUAUGGCAGCAUACACGUUUCAGCCGCCUGAAUGGAGAUUGAGCCCAGAUGCUGGUGUUGCGACUGUUCCUUGGGGUUUCUACAAAUUGCUGCAAUUCAUCAAGAGAGAGUACAAUAAUCCUCCCGUUUUCGUAACCGAGAACGGUUUUGGCGACAAUGGCGGUUUAAAAGAUAACGAUCGUGUUACACAUUUGAAGGGUUACUUAUGUGCUCUUCUGAAAGCUAUCAAUCAUGGCUCAGAUAUUAUAGGAUAUUCUGUUUGGAGUCUCCUGGAUUCGUUUGAAUGGAUGUGUGGAUACAACUGCAAAUUUGGUCUAUAUCAAGUGGAUUACAGUUCCAAAAAUCGCACCCGAACUCCGCGUCUGUCAGCCCACUUUUAUCAGCAAUUAAUACGGACUGGAAGACUGGAUCCAGACUUUGAACCUGAUCUAAGUGUUCCUAUGACAUCUGAUAUUAAUGUUUUGAACUAAUUUAUUUGAACUAAGUUUAAAAAUGUCAAAAAAGAAUAUUAAAUAUAAGUCCAAAGAAAUAAUUUAUUCUCAAUAAUAUUUUUUGUUUGUAUGCUAAAAAUAAGUGAAUAAAAACCGAUUCAGGAAUGAUGUAAUUAUUAUCAAAAUCUAUUAGUAAAUCAAAAACAAAAAUUGUAGAGGUUUAUAGUUAGGAGUCCAUCGCGGUAAAUAUUGAAAGUAAUUGUCUAAGAUUUUUUCCUUAAACACUUGAUCCUUGCUUCAAAGAUAGUGGAUAUUUCAUAAAAAAAAUUAAUAAUUAGUGAUUUAAGGCACAACGAUUCUUUCAACUGCUACGCGUUCAGUGAUGUGUGUUUAAUUGCACGCAAAUAAUAUUAAUAAAACAAUAAAAAGCGGAUGUAGUUGUUAGUAAAUAAUAAAAUUUUGCGGUUUGAUAAUCUUAUAAAAUAAUACAUUUAUAUUAUAUACUGUU